AUGAUAUAUUAUCGACCUAGUCAAUAUGUCCCUUCGAAUAGACGGAAAAGAGCUCCAAGUGGAGAAAAGAAGUAUAAGAAGAAGGGUGGAGAUUAUGGCUCUCAUCAGUUUCUAAGAAAUAAUAUGUACAUUGAUGAUAUCGAGGGAGUCAGAUCAAAGAGAUUAUUUAGAGGAAAGAAAUUAGCACCUGCCCAAAAUAAAAUGCCAAAUUCCAAUAACGACCAGCUGAUUAAUCCAAACAUCAAAUUUGCACCUAUUUCUAGAAAUAUGCCUCAAAUGCCUCCAAAAACCAACACAAUGAAUGAUGGAAUUCAUGUAAAUGUAUCAAGUAUGUUCAGUAAUCCUACUAGCAGAUAUUCCCAACUGGUCAACCGAAAUGUUCCAAGCAGAAACUCUAGAAUCACAAAGGAUAGUGGCAUUCAGAAUUAUUAUAACACUAAUGAUAUCAUGAACUACAAAGGAAAUAGUCUUGAUUGAACUGAUAUUGAAGGAACAAGUGCUGGCACUGGAGCUGAUGGAAUUCUAAAGCACAGGCAUAUUCCCUUAAAUCCUCUUGAUCCUCAAUAUGAUUAUCCAGGAGAUACUGAACUUAAGGGGAUUCCAAGUAGGAGACAAAUGAUGUUACUAAAUACACUUCAGAAGAAUUCCAGUAGGAAUAGUUCAUCAAUGACAAAUAGAAGAUUACUCAGAUCAAUAAGGAACUCUAAAGAAAUUAAAAGGAAGUUACAAGAAGCCUCUAACGGUGAAGAUAUUAAAAAUAACAAAUUUAUGAAUCGUAACAGAUCUCUACCUGUCCUUCAUGAUCCCCAAUACUCCCGCCUGAAUAUGAACGAUCUUGAGUUUAAUGAUGCUAUCGUGAAUAAGCAUAAUGGAGGGAACAACUUAUUUUUCCCAUAAAAAUGAGUUCAAUUUUAACCUAAUUCCUGGGG